AUGAAUAAAAAGAGAAAAUUUUCCAGUUAUACUGACCUAAGAAACACAGUUUUCUUUGAAGUCACCAUUGGGAUCAUAGCCAACACUGCCCUGCUUCUGUUCCACAUCCUCGCAUUUCUUCUCAAGCACAGGCCCAAGCCCCUGGACCUGGGUAUCAGCCAGUUGGCCUUAAUCCACCUGGUGUUGCUGGUAACGGUGGGCUUCAUAGCUGCAGACACUUUUGGUUUCCAGGGUUGGGGAAGUGAUCUCAUGUGCAAAUCGGUUAUUUAUGUAAACAGGUUGAUGAGGGCCCUCUCCAUCUGUACCACCUGCCUGCUGAGUGUCCUCCAGGCCAUCACCCUCAGCCCCAGGAACUCUUGUUUGGCAAAGUUCAAACAUAAAUCCUCACAUCACUACCCAUGUUGCCUUGUCUUUUUAUGGGUCUUCAAUAUGCUCCUGAACGGUCGCUUCUUAGUCUCCAUUGGUGCCACCCCCAAUGUGACCUCACACAGUCUCGUGUUCGUCACUGAGUCCUGCUCUCAGUGGCCCAUUAGUUACUUGUUCAGGUACAUAUUUUUCUCAUUGGCGAACAUUCAGGAUAUCUCCUUUAUAGGGCUGAUGGCUCUCUCAAGUGGAUACAUGGUGACUCUGUUGUGCAGGCAUAAGAGGCAGUUCCAGCAUCUUCACAGCACCAGCCUUUCUCCAAAAGCAUCUCCAGAAGAAAGGGCCACCCAGACCAUUCUGGUGCUCAUGGGUUUGUUUAUGUUUAUGUACUUUUUGGACUGUGUUACUUUCUCCUUCCUUGGAAUAUUGUGGAACAGUGAACCAAUUAGCUAUUGUGUCCGGAUGCUUGUGGGCAAUGGCUAUGCCACAGUCUGUCCUUUAGUGCUAAUGAGCACUGAGAAACGAAUCAUCAAGUGGUUAACAUUCAAGUGGAAAAAGACAGUAAAUCUUCAGUGA